AUGCCAUCAGAAACACUACAAAAGAUCAAACAACAUAAAGCAUACAUAUGGCUGAAGAAAGUGUUUGAUUUCCUACUAGGUCAAUGGUUUUUCAUUCUUUUGGGUGUAUUUGUCGCCCUUGCCCAUUCAUAUCCUGAGUUUGCUAAAGAAGGAGGUACUGUCAAAGGUGAAUAUUCUA